AUGCAAACUCUCGACGAGGCACUGCACAAGCCGACCGAGGAAGAGCAACUGCAGGAGACGGAGCGCGAAAACGCGGCGAUACGCAUCCAGAAGGCAUGGCGAAAGCGGAUGCGCAAGCGUUACCUGGGCGCGGACUUCCUCUGGAAAGACCUUGCCAUACACGCCCGGAUGCAGGUUGACAGAGAUGCCGCCGGCGAAGGGAAGAACACGAGCCGCGACCGUUGGCGACGAGGCAUCUUCCUGGCUACGCGCCUCCAGGACGGGGACGACAUGCUCAGGAAGGGUGAAGGUAGCACUCAUCCCGACGCGGCAAGGAAACACCUGGAAACACAACAUUGGUUGGAGUUCAUCGACGGGUGA